AUGGACGAAGUAACAAAAACUCAAGAAAACGAUGAGAUUUGCAGAAAGAGAACUUACUCUACGAUGACGGACGGUGACGAAAGCUUGACCAAGGGCGGAUUGCCAGGUGGGGAUCACACUAUGGCAAAGGCAUGCGCUCCUUCGACAUCGGGCGCUCCAACGGCCGAUCCACCGCCUUAUCAAGAAACAGAAAUGUCAAAUGCUCCUGUUCAACACUCGACUGAGCUCUUGCCUUCAUAUUCAGAUGCUACAAGAAAAACUGCUGCUGCCGAGAAUUGUGACACCGAUACGCAGCCACUACCCGCCUUUCCUGAACCAAGUUCAGCAGCUUCGGCACCCACUUUACCACAAAUUGUUCAAUCGGGGCCUCCAAUGGAUGAAAACCAGCAUCGCUAUGUUGGGCUAGUGAAUCAGGCAAUGACCUGCUACCUCAACUCGCUUAUCCAGACACUCUACAUGACUCCUGAAUUUCGAAAUGCUAUGUAUCGCUGGGAAUACAAUGGAAAGGACGAGGACAGAAGUAUCCCAUACCAAAUACAGAAGUUGUUUCUUUUGUUGCAGACCACGGAUAAGGAUUCGCUUGAGACGAAAGAUUUGACAAACAGUUUUGGAUGGUCAAGCUCUGAAGCGUAUGAUCAACAUGACGUUCAAGAACUUUGUCGCCUUAUGUUCGACGCUCUCGAGCACCGAUGGAAGGCGACAGACCACGAGAAAUUGAUUCAAGAACUUUAUCGAGGCUCGAUGGAGGAUUUUGUGAAGUGUUUGGCUUGCAAAAAAGAGAAUAGUCGUAAAGAUUAUUUUCUCGAUCUUCCGUUGGCCGUUCGAGAAUUUGGUGCAACACGGGCUUUUCACAGCGUUGAAGAAGCCUUGAAUGCUUUUGUGAAAACGGAAGUCCUCGAUGGAAACAAUCAAUACUUUUGCGAGAACUGCAACGCAAAGCAAGAUGCUCAUAAAGGUCUACGAAUCACUCAAUUUCCGAAGUUAUUGACAAUACAGCUGAAAAGAUUUGACUUCGACUACAACACGAUGCAUAGGAUCAAGCUCAACGACAGAAUGACCUUUCCGGACGUUCUCAAUUUGAAUCCAUUUGUUGGUGACAACAAGCCCAAUUUCGAUGAUGAAAAGGACCAAACUGUACGCGCCGGUGAAUCGCUGGAUCAAAAAGCGGUUGAGGCACUAAUUAAAGAAGAGGGCGAAUACGUUUACGAGUUGUUUUCGGUGAUGGUUCAUGCCGGAAGUGCCGCUGGUGGCCACUAUUUUGCCUACAUCAAAAAUAUGGACCAACAAUCAUGGUAUUGCUUCAACGAUUCGCGUGUCGACUUUUGUAGUCCUGAAGAUAUUAUGCGUUCGUUUGGAACCUCUACAAUUACGUGGAGUAGCAGCAAUGCGAACGCCUACAUGUUAAUGUAUAGGAAGAUUUCCCAAAAGAAUGAAGCCUUUUUGACAACGGAAAAUUUGCCGAGGCACAUCAAUGACUCAACCGCCAAAUGGAAAAGACAGGAAGAUGAACGUGAGGAAAUGCUGAGAUACCAAGCUAGCCUUGUCAAGGUUACGGUUCGACUCAAUUUACCCGGUCUAAGUGAUGCGCUGGACUUUAAUCGAGUCUUUCAAAAAGAAAUUCCAAAAGUGCGGACUCUUGGAUCGUUGCUCGAUGAGGCCAUUGAAUUUUUUGAUACGGAAGCUCCGAAGGACACUUUGUCAUCGCACAAAAAGAACUUGCGGCUUCUGAAAUGUACUCCCAUGUGGAACAUUCAGGCUGAGUUCAUUGCAAGGAAUCACCUUACGCAGACUCUCGAGCCUCAUAUCCCUAUUGGGGGCUAUAACCCACAAUUACGCACCGAGUUGUACUUUUUACUUGACAUCAAGAGACCGACCGGAAGCUUCUAUCCAUUGGAAUUCACGCAGACCAGCAACUUCAGCCAAUCUCCGAAAACGUAUCAGAUUGUAUGUGUUGAUGUUGUGAAAGAGCAAAUUUUUUCGACGUUCUUAGCGGGAAUUGACUACAAAGAAACGACUUUACAAGUCAAGAAGAAACUGGGCGGUAUUUUUGGCGUCAAGGAACACGAGUUUCUGCAUUUCAGACUUUGGACGGAAAAAAGAGGCUAUAAUAGCGACAUGAGUUUUGCUGCUCCUCAAAUUGGCGAUACCGUUUCACAGCAUGCCAUUUCUUAUCUGAGCGACCCUGCUUAUCUUUUCAUUGAUGGCGGCAUUCCUGGAUGUGACUCUAACACACCCGAAGUGGUGGAAGAUCGAAAGAAGCCAAUGAUGGAAUCAAAAAUGUACGCUGUACUUGAAAGAAAAAAGCAUGAGACAAGGCUUUUUAUCGAACUUCCUACGAUUGAUGAAAUUCAAAAGGUGCAAUCGCUGCCAAUGGGCUCUACAUCUAGUGGUCCCUCUUUGGAAACAACUCAAACGAUUGAGAUGCCGUUAUCGGUUGGGACCGCGGCAACCGAUGAUCCAAUGUCGGCAGUCCCUAGUGGACGUGCCAGUUCAACGAGCUCCCUUGAUGGAGAUGAUGCGAUGGCGAUUGACAGUCUUUGCAAUAAUACUCCGCAGAUGUCCCCAAACGUCUCAGAGAAUGGAGACGGAUAUCAUAGUGGCGAGGAGGAUGUUGGUCAUGGUGGAUUGAAUAGUCUCUUGAUGAAAUCAUGGACAGCAAACCCACCAACAAUGCACCCAGAUCCGUAUCUCACUCCACCUGCAACCGAAACGGAUACAUUGGCUGCAACUGUCGAUGAAUCGGACAGCUCAAGUGGUACUUUGGUCCCGUGGCAACUUCAUCGCGAUCAAAUCAUCGUUGAAAAUGAGGGAAGCAAGCUUCGAAUUAAUGUGGACAAAAGGAUAACUGUCGCAAAGCUGAAGGCAUGGAUUGGGGAAAAAAUAAAAAUGGAGCCCACACAAUUUGUCCUUCUCAAGCAUCACGAGGAAAAUGAUAAUGGAUACGAAUGUGGUGCAAGCAGUGAAAUGAGCGAUUCGGUGGAGCAGGCUUUCAAGUCAGUAAACAAGAUCUCGAUCCUGUUGAGACCACCAUUGAAAGACAACGAGAAGUUGAUUCACGUUUCGCUCUUUUCAAUUGAAGAAGUUGAUCGAGAAAAAUGGAAACCACUCUUUGAAAUACCUGCCUCGAAAGAAACGCUUGUGUCGACAUUUAUUGGUGAUUGCCGACGAUAUUAUCAGGCACAAUAUGGAGAAAAUCUCCCCUCUGAGAGGUUACGAAUUCGAUGCCUUGAUAACAGCUUCAGAGCAAUUGUUUGCCUUUUGAAUGAUUCAACGCUAGAGAAGCGGGGCCAACAAUGGCUUUCAAAGGUUUUCCUUCAACUAAUUCCAGAAGAUCUUGUUGAUGCUGAAGGAGAUUCGAUCUUUAUUCGCCGUUUUAAACCUUCAAGCAUGGAGCUUGGACCGAUGGAAGAAAUUUUUGUGAAUCCAACUGCGUGGCCUGAUCCCGUUCAUGCAACGAAAGAAACGAUCGCAAAGAGAUCUGGAAUUCCAACUGAUCAAAUCGAGCUUGUUGAGCCUGGCGGUUGGGACAAGUGGCCAUUUGUGAAGUCACGCUUGGAUUUACUCGAGAAAUCGGAUUGGAGACCAACAUUAAUUUCGGGAGAUAACUGUGUUACGUCUAAUCACGGAAAAGUUCUUUACUACAGAGAUUCUAAAGAAGAGCCGAAGAAAUUGACACCAGAUGAGCGGAAGCAAAUUAGUAUUAAAGAUCGAACAGUCUCGUCAACGACUCCGAGGAGGCACGAACGACCACUGCGCAUCAAUAUGAAUUCGGUUUCAGAACAG